CUGAAAUAAAUUGGGCAGGACUAGAGGUCCUUUUUAAUGCCUUUAUUCCAAGAAUCAGCUUGGGUGGGGGCCCAAGGGGUCGCACACACCGCCACUGCUCCCAGAUUCCACACAGUGAAGGAGGAAGGUGACUUUGCCACACGGCAGAGUCGGAGCUUCCGUUCUCACAGGAGUCCGCAGGAAUGCUCGUCUUCUUCGGCUCGGAGUCUAGGAUGUCACCCUGGUUGAGUUCCCCCUUGGUGCUGUCAGCUUUUGGGAGGAAGUCAGGGGCCUCCUCUGGGUCUUCCUCGUUUGGUGGUGCUGUUUUGAUUUCUUCUUUUUAGUGCAGCUCGUUGUUUCCGGGUUCUUAUCGCUCUGUGUGUGUCCUGUGUGUCUCUGGUCUCUCUCAUUUACGUACAGGCCCUUAUGUCAUCCUCCUCCUCAGGGCCGGGGACGCCAUUUUGGGGAGCAGUGGCGGUGAUCUCCCGACGGGACAGGGACAUGAGAGCAAAGGAAUUGGAAAGCGACCAGCUCCAGUUGUGCCAACUUUUACCAGUUCACCGGGCAGUCAGGUCUGACUCUGGCAUCACCAAGCACCAGGGACCACCAAAGAGACCCCCAGGACAGAAGAACACAGCUGUGAAGUCCACCAUGUCCAGACUGAAGAAAUGUCCAACAGCAGCUCCUUCAGCCACUUCCUCCUGCUGGCACUGGCAAACACACGGCAGCUGCAGCUCCUGCACUUCUGCCUCUUCCUGGGCAUCUCCCUGGCUGCCCUCCUGGGCAACACCCUCAUCAUCAGUGCCAUAGCCUGCAGCCACCACCUGCACAGCCCCAUGUUCUUCUUCCUGCUCAACCUGGCCCUCACUGACCUGGGCUGCAUCUGCACCACUGUGCCCAAAGCCAUGCACAAUUCCCUCUGGGACACCAGAGAAAUCUCCUACUCAGGAUGUGCUGCACAGGUGUUUCUGUUUGUCUUUUUCAUCUCAGCAGAGUAUUGUCUCCUGACCAUCAUGUGCUACGACCGCUACGUGUCCAUCUGCAAACCCCUGCACUACGGGACCCUCCUGGGCAGCAGAGCUUGUGCCCACAUGGCAGCAGCUGCCUGGGCCAGUGCCUUUCUCUACGCUCUGCUGCACACAGCCAAUACAUUUUCCCUGCCCCUGUGCCAGGGCAAUGUCCUGGGCCAGUUCUUCUGUGAAAUCCCACACAUCCUCAAGCUCUCCUGCUCCAAAUCCUACCUCAGGGAACUUGGGCUCAUUGCUGUUGGUGCCUCUUUAGGUUUUGUUUGUUUUGUGUUCAUUGUUUUCUCCUAUGUGCAGAUCUUCAGGGCUGUGCUGAGGAUCCCCUCUGAGCAGGGUCGGCACAAAGCCUUUUCCACCUGCCUCCCUCACCUGGCCGUGCUCUCCCUGUGUGUCAGCACUGGCAUUUUUGCCAACCUGAAGCCCCCCUCCAUCUCCUCCCCAUCCCUGGAUCUGGCAGUGUCAGUUCUGUACUCGGUGGUGUCUCCAGCCCUGAACCCCCUCAUCUACAGCCUGAGGAACCAGGAGCUCAAGGCUGCCCUGAGAAAAUUGAUGACUCUGUAUUUUCACAAGUAUUAAACUCUCUCAUUUGUGCUGCAGAGCCUUUUGAAUGUGACUCUUUGGAAUCUCAGCCUUAUUAUUCCCUGUUUGUGCAUUUAUUCAUCGGUAACUUUUUCUACUGUUGUUGUGUGAUUUACAAAUACUGUAGUAUUACUUUUUGCAUUUCUACAUUAAUAUCUACCUUUCUUUUGAAACACAAAGACCUGCAAGAGGUCUGUUCCCUGUGCAUUUAAAUAAAAACAAGUGCCUGCCCUGACCUGUGUGUCCAGGAUCAUUCCUCAGCACUUCUCUGGCUCUGCAGUGAAUGAUUUUGGGUACCUUAACACCUCAAGGGUUAAAGGUUUCCAGGUUAAAUGGGCUAACUUAAUGCAGUUUCUGCUGUGGAAAGUGUUUUAUG